GCAGCAGAAAAUAUGAUUAUGUUUCACCUUUGUUGAGGUUGCUCCAUUGGCUGCCAGUUCGCUUCCGGGUCCAGUUCAAAGUGCUGGUUAUCACCUAUAAAACCCUUCAGAGUUUGGCUCCUGUGCACCUUCAGGACUGCUUCCCCAACUUGGACCCACCCUGUGAGGUGGGAUCAGCCAAACAGAACAUUGUGUUUUGCAUCUUUCCUGGCUCCUGAAACUGCAUGUGGGCAUUUGAGCUGGGAUUUGUUCCUGAAACAAAGGAUGUUGCCUUCAACAUGCAUGCCAGCUUUCAUUCUGAUGUCUCAAUCUUCAAGUGAUGGAGCUGCUCUUCAGACUUGGAACAGAAUUGUGUGGUGAAUGUGUCUGUCAAAUAAACAGCUGACCAGGCGCUGGAGUCACAUGAUUUCUACUUGGGGAAAUCACCACAUCCUUGCAGAAAUGUUGCCGAAACAACAUGCUGUCGUGCUGUUCUCUCUGGUGGCUCUGAGUGCAGGUGUAUUAAUCAAAGAACCCAGAGAACCAAAGCAGGCCUGGGAUUAUGUCCCUGUCCGAAGCAAUGCAAGCAUGUUCUGGUGGUUGUACUACGCCAACAGCCCUACGCAGAAUUUCACAGAGCUCCCACUUAUCUUGUGGCUUCAAGGAGGUCCAGGGGCUUCAGGCUGUGGAUUUGGGAAUUUUGAAGAGAUUGGUCCGUUAGAUAGCAAUCUAAAACCAAGAAGGACAACUUGGUUGCAGUCAGCAAGCCUGCUGUUUGUGGAUAAUCCUGUUGGCACUGGAUACAGUUAUGUUAAUGAUAGCAGUGCAUACACAACAGAUCUCUGCGCAAUCACUUCUGAUAUGAUGGUCUUACUUCAGAAGUUCUUCUGCUCUAAGACAGAAUUCCAGACUAUUCCUUUCUACAUCUUUUCAGAAUCUUAUGGAGGAAAAAUGGCUGCUGGCAUUGCUUUGGAGCUUCAUAAGGCCAUUCAAGCUGGGAAGAUAAAAUGCAAUUUUCGUGGGGUAGCCCUUGGUGAUUCAUGGAUUUCUCCCCUAGAUUCUGUGCUUGCCUGGGGGCCUUACCUCUACAGCACCUCCUUCCUUGAUGAUAGAGGUUUACGGGAAGUGACGACUGUUGCCAAAAAGAUUCUGGAUGCUGUUGAUAAAAGUGAAUUCAAACAGGCUACAUCACUUUGGAGUGAGGCAGAGGAAAUCAUAGAAAAGAACACGAAUGGUGUGAACUUCUAUAACAUCCUGACUCCAGAUACUUCUUCAAGUACAGCUCUUACAUCCACUGCAACAACUGAUACCGUCCCCUUUCUAAAUCUCUUCCAGCGUCACGUACAGCGUCAAAGCGAAGACAAGCUGAGUGACCUGAUGAAUGGGCCCAUCAGAAAGAAGCUGAAAAUAAUCCCAGACCAUGUCAAGUGGGGAGGCCAGGCACAAGAUGUGUUCUCACACAUGACUGAGGACUUCAUGAAGCAUGCAAUAGACAUUGUAGAUGACUUACUGGCUGCAAACAUCAAUGUGACUGUUUAUAACGGGCAAUUGGAUCUCAUCGUUCCUACCAUGGGCCAAGAAGCAUGGCUCCGGAAACUCAAAUGGCCGAAGCUGAAAGCAUUCUGUGCUCGAAAAUGGGAUGCUUUAUACGCAUGCCCAAACUCCACACAGACAUCAGCUUUCCAUAAGUCCUAUGAUAACUUAGACUUUUUCUGGAUCCUGAUGGCUGGGCACAUGAUACCAGCUGACCAAGGUGAUAUGGCACUGAAAAUGAUGAAGAUGGUGACCCACCAAAGCCACUAACGGGAUAGGGUCUUGCUCCCCUAGAAAACCAGAGCCUGCCAUCAGAAUUUUCAUUGCAUACUGGAUUGCGGGAGGAAGCAGCACUCUUCCACACCAUUGUGUGUCUCUGCUAUUGGAUACUAUGCAAGGCAUUUGCAGCAGCAGAUGCUGUAUUCUUCUUAAAAAAAUAAUAAUUAUAAAAACUGUGUUACCCUCACUGACUUUCAGUGUGAGAAAUAAUUCACUGAAGAGCUGCUCUCUGCCAUGUUUGCUUUUUAUAUUAUGUUAAGAGCUUUUGAUCAACUUCUGUUUAGGCACAAUUCUCAAGCCCUGAGCCCUAGGAUGGACCCAGUGGAUGGACAGUCUUUCUAAAACAACAAUGUUCACCAUAAAUUAGGAAAGGCCAUCCUGCAUCUAGAAAAUCCAUAAGGUGGCAAUGAAAUGCACUGCUGGAACAGUAUGGUAGCCAGCCUCUUCCCCAGAAACUGGUGGGGAGCAGCAGCUCUUCAAGGUGAGCAGAAUUCCCGGGACAAAACAGAAGUCCAUCCGGAUGGGCUGGCUGGUAAAACAUAUGGAGAGGGGGCUAGUAACUGGGCUACCUCUAAGUUGCAAUAAGGGAAAACAUUUGUAUAUAGUAUAAUUUUAAGAUAAUUAGCUCAUAUGCAUAUAAAAACAAGUACUCUUACGUGUGGGCAUAUUCAAACAAUGACCUCAUCGGGCUGGUUUCUCUCGCUUGCCCAAGGCCUUCUAAUGGUUGCCAUUCCUCCUACAACCCUGGAAGCUUGGUCUAAAACAUGAUUGGGUGUAGAUUCCCACUGCUGGAAGGACACCAAGACCCCAACUAGGCCUUCAAAUAGGGUGGGUGUGUACAAUUCUUAAAGUGUCAAAGGUGCAUGAGGACAGGCUGGUGGACCCUUCCCCUGCCCGAUAUAUUUGCCCGACAGCGCCUCAGCCUUAUACUUUCCCCCUAGCUGGGAUACCAACUGGAGGAAAAAUGGACUGCAGGGGGGAGGGCUGCAAACUUGUCCACCCUGAAGCUGCUUUUUACCACACUAGACAAAAAGAUAUGUGUACACAUCUCUUCCCCUGCAACUUCCCCUGCAUCUCUUCCCCUGCAGUGUCCAUCUGUCUCCCUCAUUCACUGUGGAAAGUUGCAAUUGUUACAUCAAAAAAAUGAGUGCAACCAUACUGUUUCUGGUGUGAGGUGCUAAUGGAGUGCACCAAAGUCUUGCAAGGACUCAGUCUCUGUGUCCAUGCACUUAUCCAUGUGACAACUGACUCUGGUUCAUCUAAGAUUAGCAGAGUUGACACAGGGCAGUAGCAAACAGUUUGUUGUGCAAACCCAGGACAAUUUUGCACUGUUUCUUGGCGCAUAUUCCUCCUUCUGUUUCUAGCUCCAUACUACAUUGAGUACAGCCACCAGCAGUGAGGAAAGGUGUCACUUUCAUGAGCGUUCAGUCUUGUUUCAUGUUCACUGUUUACAAUUUAUUCACAAGCAGAAGUAGGUUUACAAUUUCUUCACAAACAAAAGUAUUUUUUCCAGAUUGGAAGCUGUUUGUGGAUCUCUUCAUAAAGAGCAGGUGACUCCUGCAGCUUUGCAAAAUGGAACAACAAUAUGAAGGAAACUGUCUUGCUAGAGAACGCUAAGAAAUUAAACAAAUCUUGCUUGGUGUUGCCUUCCCUCUGUAUGUCCCAUUUCCUGUUUAUUCUGUAGUUAGAAAGUUGAUAUAGCCACUUUCCCAGGUUCCCACUACAAUGGGUAGGAUCCAGACUAAACUGGUCAUGGUGAAAUCUUAUAGAAAUUAAUGGGAAUUCAGUUUGUAAAAGUUACAUACUUUGAUACUCCAAGAAUUGUCCCAUUUGUUUCAAUGGCUGUUAGUUAUGACUAACUAAAUCUGUGCCUGAUAUUUCUUGAUCAGUUGCAGUUUCUGGGGAAACCACUGGGCUUUAUCUAAAUAUGCCGUGUGUCUGGCAGUGUGACAACUAUUUUUUAAUACAUGUAUUUAAUGCAUGUCUGUCUAGAUGACUUUGAGUAAUAAUAAAAUCCUGGGAAUUAAACUGAA